AAACAGCACUAAAGACCCACCCACAAACCGAACACUUUAAUGAUGCAGUAACUUUACAUGUCGUGCAUAACCGUAGUAAACUCCGUACAUUUUAUAACAAACUAAACACGCGCAUACAUCGUUGACAACAUUCGCAAACUUAACUUAUAUAUGCGCAAGAUGUUGAACAAAAAGAACGUGUAACUUCCACAAAACACACAAAAAAUAUCCCGACUCGGAAAUUUUCGUGCCUCAAAUUAACAUUUAAUUUUAUUGAGUUAAUUUAAUUUCGCUAUUGAUUGAAUGUACAUGCUUUGUGUGAACACGUGCAAGUGAUUUUUCUUCUCGCUUCACAAUAAUGAGCUAUAAAUCAAGCCGGGAGUGGGGGAAACAGUAAACUUAGAGAUGUUUGGGAUGAACGCACUGAAAUCAUGCCGCACGUACGGGAGGAAAAAAAUCCGACUCUCUGUGCCCAACAACUCCGACACGGGGAUCUUCAACACCUCCCCUGUGCCUGCAGAUGAAGGUGCAAACGUGUUUGCCACGUGGAAAAAUGAUAGGAGCCUCACACCGAUACAUGAGGACCAAACCCUUCAGUCAUUUAAACCCGCUCCACAUACAAGCGCCUCUGUAAGGAGCAGGUCUUCACUCCAAGAAACCAAAACAAAGACAACUGAUUCGGCCAGCUCCGUGGAGACUGUGGAAAGCGAGGAAACGUACCUAAGCUCGUAUAUGACGCUGCCGUCUGGGGUCUCGAUCUUCUUAAACCAGCUGCAAAGCGACAUGAUGAUGAGCUCCUCCUCCCUGGCCACGGACGAUACACUGCAAAGGGAGGAUAACACCUCCGAUUUAGACUGCACCACCACAGAAACAAUGCGCAAAGAAGAGCAUGCCACACAUGACGUGGAUGUGGAGGGCAUUGCAGAGACGGAGGUCCUAGGCGAACCUGAAGCAGACCAAAUUGGUGUAAGCACAACAGACUUCAACUGUGCACAGUCUACAAUGAUCAACAGCAGCUGUCCACUGGGCACCAUCAACAUGGACCUGCCUGAGGAUAUUUCAGAAAUCUAUGAUUCUAGGACCAGAAAGAAAAAACGCUCCUCUUGCGUGAAAAAGACGAGUCUCAGGUAUGGAGAGUUCACGUAACGUGUGCACGAAGAUUGCACAGGGUAAAUGCAUUAUGCAAUACUUUGUCGGUUUGGUUUUAAGAAAUGUGAUAUUAAAUCUGCCUUGGUGUACAUUUUUCUUAAUUAAAAUUAU